AUGAUGAACUUGCAACAGACUCAUUUGUGCCAUUUGAAAAAGGCUAAUAACGCAAAUAAGUCCUUAAAACCGAUAAUGUACAACGUACAUUUAUGCCUCCUAAAAUUAAGACAACCUUUAAAAUAUGUAGGAAAGUGUGUAAUCCACUAUAUAAACAAAUCAGGGAAUAACGAAAAAAUAAAAGUAUUCAUCGACAAUGAACACUUUACAAUUUUGAAUUUGUUUCUUAUUGCUCCCUGUGGUACAAUAAUUAAAUUCAAGGAAAAUGAAUUAAGGAAAAAAAAAAACAGUUUUUACAUUUACCCAAAAAGUAGUACAAUAAGAGGGUUGCACAAACUUGUUAUUUUUUUUUAUUAUGAAAAUUAUGAACAAAAAACGGAAGGAAUAUACCCCUCCAGUAGCAACAAAGUUGAAAAGAAAAAACGUGGUGAAGUAAUCACUACAGAGUUAAAAGACGAGAACUGUGUUAUAGACAAACAUAGGAAUUUAUAUGUUUUUCAAAAUGAUGGAGAGGAAAUUUUCCAUUUUAAUUUCAAAAAAAUCAAAUUUGAAAGUAAAAGGAGCUUUACAUAUAUAAACACAUUUUGCGAAUUCUUCUACCUCCCUUUAAUAUUUCCAUGUUUUCAGAAUAAUAUUCAUAAGGUAAAAUUUAGGCUCAAAAUUUCGUUAGAAAUUGAGUUAAGAUGUAGUAAUAAUAAAAUUCCAGAAAAAUGGGAUAAACUUCAAAUGAAAAUGCCGAAACGAAUUUUUGCUAAUAAUAUGAACAAAGGAAAAGAGACGACACAUAUAAGAAAAAAAUAUCCUAUUCAUAUUUUAUCACCUGAAGAUCUAGUUGUCACUAAUAGUAAAUUAAAAAGAGUUUAUUAUACCAGAGGAUUGGGAAUAUUCACGUCUUUGCUCUUGAAUUUGCAUCAGGAGAAGAUGCUCAUAAGAAAGAGUCAGUGCUUAUCGUGCAGUUAUAUUAAGACAAUGAUCCGUUCAUCAUGUUUUAGUAAUGUCUAUACUACUUCACCAUGUAAUAAUGAAAUCAGUUUAAAGUUAGGUAAAGUGGAAAAAUGCACGAGUUGGUACAGAAACAAAAAAAGGUGGCUCAAAUUCAAAAGAGGGAAAUCAUCAAAUAAUAAAAAAGAUUUCAUAACAUAUGAGUUUAAUGAUACAAGUGAAAUUGCAAGCUACACAUUUUGUCUAUUUGUCGGUAUUUACGACAAGAUAAAAUUCAAGGUAAAAGAAAUUUCUGUUGUUAUAUAUAUCGAAAGGGAAAGAGACGGGAGAGUAAAAAAUGGGUUAAACAGAUACAACUAUUUUACUCACAUUGUAAGAAAAAUAUUGCUAAUGUUUAUGCGAAUAAAUAUUUUUCGAAAAAGAUUAGAAGAAAAUAACUUCUUACAAUUUAUGAUUUUGAACAAAUACAAGUAUGCAGGUGAAGAGAACAACAAUUGUAUUACUUUGUUGAUGUCUCUGAUUCGGAUGAGACAGACGAUUUCUGUGGAUGAUGUCAAUCCGACAGAUACACCACUCCAUGGGAAAGACAAAAUUAGUCAAGAAGGAGAUAACUUCCACAAUCUUGUGUUAGGAGUGAAACUGAUUAUUCAUGAAGUUUUCCAUACACUCUGGGGGAAUUGCCUAUAUUUCAAGAAAGCAAAACAUUUGUGGUGUAAAGAAGGGCUAACAAGAUAUUAUGAAUUACAGUUCAGUAAACAUAUUUUGAAUAAAAUAACAAAAUGUGGAUCUUCUAAAUGGAAAUUAAAUCUUUGGUUUACCCUUGAAUAUUAUUUUUACAUUCUUCUAGUAGACACGCUUAACAUGUACAAUCACACAUUAAACAUAAAUGAAAAUGGAGCUUGCACAUAUGAACAUGUGAUCAAUAAGAAUAAUAAAAAAUUGAGAGAAAAUAUAUGUAGCAAUAAUAUAUAUACAAAAGAUAUUCAUUAUUUUUACAAUGCAUUAACUUAUAACAAAGGAAUGAAUAUAUUUAAAAUUAUCAGUGUUAUAUCUAGACCUUAUUUUUACAUUAUCAUGGAUUUCAUGUUUUACACAUUUUACAAUCAUUCGAUAAAUUUUAGGAAAAUAUUAAAAUUUUUUCAUUUUUUUUUUCGACUUUUUCACAUAAAGCCUUUUUUCCUUUACUGUAAUAAGUAUGAAAAUUGUACACGCGGGAUGAAGAAAUUUAUUAAUAAAAAAAAAAAAAAAAAAAAUUAUUCCUUUAGCCUUCUCUCAAGAAAUGGAAAGAUGAAAAUCAUGUCAUUGAUGCUGAGAAAAGGGUACAGAAAAGCACAAAAAUCUCCUAAUCGAGACAUGAACAGAUCAAUCAUUCACCUUUUGAUCUCAGGGUUUAUAAAGCGUCCUUUUAAAAAACGCUUCAAAGCCCAUUGUAAAAACAUGGAAAAUAACCCAAACAAAAGGAAAAAUCGAAGGAAAAUGAAAAAAAUAAACACACUUGUAGUGCCAUGGAGAAAAUGUGGGAUCCAAAGGAUAGAUGCACAAUCAAGUAGAGAAAAUGAAACAAACUUAGAGAAAAAUUCCAAAAAACAAAAGAUUGCGAAUGAACAGAAUUAUUAUAUCUUUAGGAAGAUACUGCAAAAUUAUAUAAACGUUGUUGGACCACCGAAAAUAUUUUUAAAAUUUUUUAAAAAUAAAAAUAAGUUACUGAUAACUCAAAAACAUUUUUACUAUGAUAAUUAUGAACAAAGAUUUAAGGAAACGAGAAUACUUUUUCACAUACCAUUUAUUUUUACAUUUCGCAGAAAAGCAUAUAGAAUACUUCUAACUAGAAAAUAUACUCUAAUAGAUAUUCAAAAAGUGGAUGAAAAAUACGCUUGUAGAAAAGAAGGGCAUAAAUUAAAAUCAAGGCUAAACACAUUCAGUGUAAAACCUCGGAAUGUCUGUUAUUUCUCCUACCACUUUGUUGACAUGUUUUCAUUUAAUUUUAUUUUAAACUCGAUACAUGCCAAUGAAUAUCGUAAGGCGGAUAUAAUUCACGUAAUCACAAAUAUAAUUAUGAGCUUAUUAGUUCGUCUAAAAAGUUUGAAGCAGAUGAAGCGCUUGAAUUCUUUAAUUUCUAGGCAGGUAUUUUUGGUGUACAAACUUUUAAAGGAUACGAGACACACUAACGAUGAAUCACACACAAUUGGAAUGAUAAUGUGCGAAGAAUUCUUUAAUUGUUAUGCCCACUUCAGCUCAUAUUUCUCUAAAAUUGAAAAUAGAAAAUUAAAAAUGAAAAUAAACAAAGAGCUUCGAUCCUAUGAAUCAUUCGAUCACUUGCGUAACCAAGCAGAAUUUAUAUUUAAGGAUUUCAGGAAUUAUCUGUCAAAGAUAUUUUUUUUUUUUAAGGAAUCUAUUAAUUUGCUGUUGUGA